AUGUGUGUUUCCGAAGAAUUCGGGCCCCGGUUUUUCGGUUGUUUACUGAAUUUAUGGCUUUUACCUCUUGUCUGUGGGAUCGGACUUAUUCUAAAUAUUUGCUGCCUAAUAGUAUUUUUCUCUACAAGAGGUCAUCCACUUGUACCCGCACUUAUAUUUUUGUCAUUUUGCGACUGUCUUCAAUUAUUCUUCUCGUUUUUAGUAUUAUUUCUGCCAGCUCUGCACGAUUUCUCACAGUCGACACCUUAUUCAGCUCUAGGACAACUUGCAUAUUUAUCCACCGGUCUCUUAUCACCACUACUGCUUACAUUUAAUUGUGCAAGUAUAUGGACAAUUUGUUUUAUUUCAAUUCAGAGGCAUCGGGCUAUUCUUCGUCCUCUUUCAAGUAUAUCUUCUCCAUCAAAACCAUUCAAGCCAUUAUUAUUUAUUUCAUUAAUGGCUUUAAUGUUUAAUGGUUGCAAAUGGGCAGAAUUUCGGUGGUUUUGGUCACAUGAUCCAACGAAUUCUAGUGACUAUCAGUAUAUUCUGGCACACGAGCCUUCGGAUUUAGCAAGAAAUGAAAAUUAUCAUAGGGUGUUGGAUAAUCUUCUCUACCCAUUAUUAGUCUACCUGGUUCCUCUUCUCCUUUUAUCUGUUUUGAAUUUUCGAAUUUUAUCAAAUAUUUCGAAUCGAAGAGUAUCAUUCGAUCAUAAGUCACGAUUUGCACAGGAAAGACGUUCUGUAACACUUUUGAUAUCAAUUGUGACAAUGUUCUUCCUGUGUCAUACGGGUGGUCUUGCAUAUCGAUUCGUGGAUCAAGAAAAAUAUAAUAAUUCGGAAUUAUUUGUUCUUUUGAAGGAUGUCAUCAAUUUAUUAUUCAAUGUGUACUCAUUCACAAAUCCAUUGCUAUAUUUUGUUUUUACCCGCCAAUUUCGUGAUCUUCGAACCAUGUGGAAUUCACACUUUGCAUCGCCUGCUUCUCGAUCCGAGAGCUAUGCAAUAACGAACUCGAAGCCAAAUUCAAAACAUCGGCAUCUCUCAAUGCCAUCAAUUUAUCGUACACCUUGCGUUAGCGGAAAAUUGAUUUCAUGAAUGAUUUCUUCAAAUACUAAAAAAUACAAAAAAAUGCAUAAAUUGUUGUGUUAUUUCUCAAUUUUUCCUGCUCCUUUGAUCUCCCCAGCCUUUCAUACAUUUCAAGCUAUUUCUCAUAUUUGUUUUUUUACGGGUUGGAACGAAAAUAAAAUUUGGUAU